AUGGCACUAAGGCCAAUAACAGAGGAGGAUGGGAAGGAAGUGUUGGAGGUUGAAGAGAGAAGAUAUGAAAUAGAGGAGUAUGGAGAAGCCUUAUUUUACAAACAAAAAUCAGAUGGUAAAAUAGCUGAAAACAGAUCAGAUAAAUUAAUUUGUUUUCUUACUGAAAAACCAAUGGGGAGGCUACGCUUUUCUUUGAAGGGAAUAUAUUCCUUGUUUCUCUACCCAAGAGGAAUCCUAAUCCCUGCAGUGUGGUCUAAUCUUUGGAAGACAGUCUUGGGAAAGAUACCCUUGCAGACCCUAGUAGCAGACUUGGGGCUUCAUGGUCUUGGGGACUUAGAGCAAGAAAGACAUAAAAGAGAAUCAGGUGGCUUUUUGUUCAGUGGUUCAUCUUUUGGUGACUCAAACAGAAGACACUUUGACACUGGAUUUAUUGCUCCAAGACAACGUCGAGAGACUGAUAGUUUAGAGUUAGACGACACCCCAGAAGAAGAUGAAACAACUUCAGCAACGGAUGUUGACAAUGGUGUCUCUGGUGGCACGGAUCUUGGCAGCACUACUUUAAAACAAAAUGAAAUUGAUCGCAGUUCAUCUGGCCAAAAUGGAUAUGAUGCGAAUGUGGUAAACAAUGGAUUAGCUGGCUCUGAUUCUGCUGCCAGAGAAACAGAAGAUAGCACCAACACAAGAACUGGGAACGAAUUUAGUAGCAGUGUCUCUAGAGAUUUGGGACUUUAUUUGGGGACAUCUGCUCAAAAGGCAUUGGAUAUCAGUAGAACCGAUGGGAGUGAAAUGAGUAGUGGAAGACUGGCUGGGGACAAAUCCAUAGGCCUUAGAUCAGGUGUCCCUGGUUCAAGUGGUAUCAGUGAAAGAACUGGGCAAAAUAAUUUGGGAGAUCCAUCUGGAAAUUUGGGAUUUGGUUCUGGGACAUCUGGUGUAAAUGGAUUUGGACGCAGAAGAUCUUUUGGGAGUGAUGUGAUCAGCAGUGGAUCUGGUGCCAGGGGCUCAGGUGGUAUCAGUGAAAGAACUGGGCAAAAUAGGUUGGGAGAUCCAUCUGGAAAUUUGGGAUUUGGUUCUGGGACAUCUGGUGUAAAUGGAUUUGGACGCAGAAGAUCUUUUGGGAGUGACAUGAUCAGCAGUGGAUCUGGUGCCAGGGGCUCAGGUGGUAUCAGUGAAAGAACUGGACAAAGUAUUUUGGGAGAUCCAUCUGGAAAUUUGGGAUUUGGUUCUGGGACAUCAGUUGUAAAUGGAUUUGGAAGGAGUGGAUCUUUUGGGAGUGACAUGAUCAGCAGUGGAUCUAGUACCAGUGACACAGGUGGUAUCAGUGAAAGAACUGGGGAAAAUAUUUUGGGAGAUCCAUCUGGAAAUUUGGGAUUUGGUUCUGGGACAUCUGUUGUAAAUGGAUUUGGAAGGAGUGGAUCUUUUGGGAGUGACUUGAUCAGCAGUGGAUCUAGUACCAGUGACACAGGUGGUACCAGUGUAAGAAUGGGGGAAAAUAUUUUGGGAGAUCCAUCUGAAAAUUUGGGAUUUGGUUCUGGGACAUCAAUUGUAAAUGGAUUUGGAAGGAGUGGAUCUUUUGGGAGUGACGUGAUCAGAAGUGGAGCUAGUACCAGUGACACAGGUGGUAUCAGUGAAAGAACUGGGGAAAAUAUUUUGGGAGAUCCAUCUGGAAAUUUGGGAUUUGGUUCUGGGACAUCAGUUGUGAAUGGAUUUGGAAGGAGUGGAUCUUUUGGGAGUGACAUGAUCAGCAGUGGAUCUAGUACCAGUGACACAGGCGGUAUCAGUGAAAGAACUGGGGAAAAUAUUUUGGGAGACCCAUCUGGAAAUUUGGGAUUUGGUUCUGGGACAUCUGGUGUAAAUGGAUUUGGAAGGAGUGGAUCUUUUGGGAGUGACAUGAUCAGCAGUGGAUCUAGUACCAGUGACAUAGGUGGUACCAUUGUAAGAACGGGGGAAAAUAUUUUGGGAGAUCCAUCUGGAAAUUUGGGAUUUGGUUCUGGGACAUCAGUUGUAAAUGGAUUUGGAAGGAGUGGAUCUUUUGGGAGUGACAUGAUCAGCAGUGGAUCUGGUGCCAGUGGUGGCACCAGUGUGAGAACUGGUGAUAACUUUUUGGGAGAUCCAUCUGGAAAUUUGGGAUUUGGUUCUGGGACAUCUGGUGUAAAGGGAUUUGGAAGGAGUGGAUCUUUUGGGAGUGACAUGAGAAGCAGUGGAUCUGGUGCCAGUGGCUCAGUUGUCACAAACUUACCUGACUACCAUACAUCUGGACCACUAAGCACUCCGGAAAAAGGAUCUCAUAUUCCAGAAGCAACUCCAAAAUAUUCUGAAACAAAUGCAAUUCUUGGUGAAGCUUCUACUUGGGGCAAAGGAGCUUAUAAAGCCUUCAAUGGCCGCAUCUUUUCCUUUGAGUCUUCGUGCACAUACACUUUCUGCCGUCACUGUGUUGAAUCUGGAGGAGAUUUCAAUAUUGAGAUCAAGAGAAACAAAGACAAUGAGAUUGAAAAAAUAUCAGUCGUAAUUGACGGCAAUGAUAUCUCUAUUUCUGGUGAUAUCAUUUUGAUUAAUGGAGAAAGUGUACAAAUACCAUAUGAUAAUAAGUUGAUUCAUAUUAAAAAAUAUGGAGAACAUAAUAUCUUGAAUAGCCGAAGAGGAAUCUUAUCUUUAACGUGGGACAAAAAUAAAACACUCUCACUCACUCUUCACAAGCAAUAUCCUACUUGUGGUCUUUGUGGAAACUUCAAUAGCACCCCAGGGAAAGAUGUCGAUGAAAACAUUGCCAAUAGCCAAAUUCCUGGUCAUUGUCCCAAGGCUGUUAGUAAAACCUAUGAAGUUUGUGAAGAAGGGCUACAGCACUGUAAUAAAAUUAUUGGAACCUACUUUGAGAAAUGUGGAAAGGUUGCCCCUUUAUCCAGUGACUACAAAACGAUCUGCAUUGAUGAAUACUGCCGAAACAGAAACAAAAAAUCUACAUGUGACACUUUCUCAGAACUGUCCCGCCUCUGUGCUGCGGAUGGUCCUGGCAUCUAUGAGUCCUGGAGAGAUGAUUCCAAUGUGGUUUGCAGAAAGCCUAAAUGUCCAGAAAAACAAAUCUACAAAGAAUGUGGACUCUCAAAUCCUGCAACUUGUUCUAACUUGGCUCCUUUUCAAGAUACUGAAUGUGUGAGUGCCUGCACCUGCCCUGAAGGUUAUCUACUGGAUGAUAUUGGAAAAAAAGGAAAAUGUGUAUUAAAGGCUAAUUGCCCCUGUGAAUCUAAUGGGAAGGUGUAUCAGGCAGGAGAAGUCCGAGAAGGUCCUUGUGGUUCUCAGUGCUCAUGCCAAGAAGCGAAAUGGUCUUGUACUGAAGCAUUAUGUCCUGGGAGAUGUAAGGUGGAAGGAAGUUUAAUUACCACCUUUGAUGGUGUUAAAUUCAACCAUCCUGGAAACUGUCACUUCUUGGCCAUCCACGACAAGGAUUGGUCUAUUAGCGUUGAACUUCGUCCAUGUCCAAAUGGUCACAUGGGAACGUGUUUAAAUAGUAUUACACUUCUGUUGAAUUCUUCUGUUGCAGUUGACAAGUAUGUAUUCAAUAGAGAUGGCACAGUGACAAAUGACAAGAUAAGAAAUCAAAGUUAUUACUAUUCAGAUAAAGUACACAUCUUCAAAGCAUCUUCCUCGUAUAUUCAAGUAGAGACAUACUUCAAAGUAAAAAUGCAAAUACAAAUUUCUCCUUUAAUGCAAUUAUAUGUUUCCAUGCCUCCCAACCAAUUUACAGACACUGUAGGACUCUGUGGUUCCUACAACAAUAAAGUAGAGGAUGAUUUCAUGUCGAGUCAGAACAUACUGGAGAAGACUUCUCAAGCGUUUGCUGAUUCUUGGGAAAUGAUGCCCUGCCCUAAAGGAAACCCAGCUUCAUGCAUUAGUAUAGAAACAGAAAUGAUCAUUAAUCGAAAUAGCAAGACCCACUUAAUGGCUGAGGGGCAGUUAGAUCCAUUAAUCAUUAAUAUCAGAUAUAUUAUUGAUACUAGUUUUAUUUGCAUUGAUUUUCUUCCAGAAAAGUUUGCUGAUAGUCACUGUGCAAUUCUUCUUGAUCCUGUUGGGCCUUUUGCUUCCUGCCAUCCUAUUGUGAAUCCUAAACCCUAUGUUGAGGAAUGCAAAAAAUAUACUUGCAGUUGUGAAAACAGUGAAGAUUGUCUGUGUACAAUGUUAGGCAACUAUGUGAAAGCCUGUGCUGAGAAGGAAACAUACAUAGUGGGAUGGAGAAAUGGACGAUGUGAACAGUCUUGUCCAAGUGGCCUAGUUUUCAAGCACAAUGUCAAAGCCUGCAAUAGUUCUUGCCGAUCAUUGUCAGAGAGAGAUAGGAGCUGUGAUGUAGAAGAUGUUCCAGUUGAUGGAUGCACCUGCCCCGAUGGGAUGUACCAGAAUAAUGAAGGAAACUGUGUUCAGAAAUCUCAGUGUGACUGUUAUAUGAAUGAUGAAGUCAUGCAACCAGGCAAACUCGUCCGUAUUGAUGACAAUAAAUGUGUCUGUCGUGAUGGAAUUCUUGUUUGCCAGUCUCCCAUUGAUUUAACCUUACAUAAUUGUUCAAGAGGGGCUGAAUAUGUUGAUUGCACUGAUCCCAAGGCACAGAGAAGAGUGGAUAUAACAUGUAGCACUCGGAACAUACCUACUUUUGAUGAGAACUUGCCUUGCAAACGUGGGUGCUACUGUCCAAUAGGAAUGGUUCGAAAUUCUGAAGGGCAGUGUGUGUUCCCUGAUGACUGUCCAUGCUCUUUUGGUGGACGAGAAUAUAACCAAGGGAGUGUCACCUCAGUUGGCUGCAAUAAAUGUACUUGCAUAAAAGGAUCUUGGAGCUGUACACAGAAUGAAUGUCAAACCACAUGCCAUGUUUAUGGGGAAGGUCAUGUUAGGACUUUUGAUGGAAAAAGUUACACUUUUGAUGGUCUCUGCCAAUAUUCCUUUCUUGAGGACUAUUGUGGCCGUGAAAAUGGCACAUUUCGUGUUUUAACUGAAAGUGUCCCAUGCUGUGAAGAUGGGCUUACAUGCUCAAGAAAAAUAAUAGUUGCUAUUAAGGAUCAGAAUGUUGUCUUGCACGAUGGUAAAGUAACAGCAGUCAAAACUUCAGAAAGUAAGGAAUGUGACCUCAGUGCAUCAUACAGCGUACAUACCGUUGGCUUGUACUUGAUUCUAAAAUUUCCAUUUGGGCUAACCAUGAUUUGGGACAAAAAUACAAGAAUAUCUGCUAUACUGGAUCCACGCUGGAAUGGCAAAGUGUGUGGCCUUUGUGGAAAUAACAAUGGCGAUCUCAAGGAUGAUUUCACAACCAGAUAUUCAUCAUUAGCUGCUGGACCAUUGGAAUUUGGAAAUAGUUGGAAAACAAGUCAAGAAUGUUCAGACACAGUAACUCAAACUUUCCCUUGUGACUCAAACCCAUACUGCAAAACCUGGGCUAUACAGAAAUGUGAGAUCAUCCGGGAUGCCACCUUCAGAGACUGCCACAACAAGGUUGACCCCAAUGCUUACUAUGAUGCAUGUGUUGAAGAAGCCUGUGCAUGUGACAUGGAAGGGAAGUACCUCGGAUUCUGCACUGCUGUAGCUAUGUAUGCAGAGGCAUGCAGUGCAGUUGGUGUCUGUGUCCCAUGGAGAAAGCCAAACCUCUGUCCUGUCUACUGUGAUUAUUACAAUGCACCUGGAGAAUGCAACUGGCAUUAUGAACCCUGUGGGACAGUGACUGCAAAAACAUGCAAAGAUCGGGUCAUUGGCGAGAAGUUUUCUGCACUUUUGGAAGGCACUUCUGGGUUAUCACCUGGAGCAACCCCUGGAACCGGAAGUGGCAACACCCUUGGAGAAGCAGGCACUGGAGCCACAGGUUCUGGAUCCACAAGCAUCUCUGAAGGGUCCACCACCACCAGCCCUGGGAGGGAGAGCUCUAAUAGACCCUCAGCUACACUGGCCACAAACUCUAGCAGCAAAUCAGGGACCACUGUAUCAUCAGUGAGUGAAACCACUGGAGGACCAACCAGUGAAGCUAAAACAUCUGAAGACAAGUCAGGUGUGACUGGAGAGCCUGCUGCAACUACACCUGGGACUAGCAGUGGAAGCACAGCAAGACCAUUUUUCCCUGGCUCCAGCACAGCUGGGGACACAGCAGGAACAACUGGAGGAGAAAAUGCAGCCACCACUGGGGCCGCUGCUGAAAAUACUCCUGGAGCAUCAGGUUCCACCACCAUCCCUGACAGAGAGAACACACAAGGACCUUCAAUUACCCUGACCACAACCUCAGGUAACAAAUCAGGCACCACUGGCACAUCAGCUGGCAUAACAAGUGGAGGUGAGAGCUCUCCUGGAUUACCUGGGACCACUGCCUCUGAGAAUGAAGCAGGCAAAACUGAAGUAUCACCUGGCAGAACCUCUGAAUCCAGAACCCCUGGGGAAACAGGCACUGGAGCAACAAGUUCUGCACAAUCAGGCACAACUGGGCCAUCAGCUGGUACACCUGGACAAUCAGCUGGUACACCUACUGGACCAAGUGAAACAACUGGAGCACCAAGCAGUGAAGUGACACCAUCUGAAGGUACAACAGGAGAGUCUGUGGGAGUUACCACAGCAGCAGGCACGGGAAGUACAGGUGGAGCAUCAGGCACUGGAGCUGCCAGCACUGGAAACCCACCAG